UGUUUCUCUAACGGAAAUAGGAAUACGCUGUACAGUCCGUAUUUCCUGUUGCAGUUCCGGCCCACGUGACACGAGUGUUAGCCGUUUGGGCUUCCAGCGGGCGUUAAAGUCCAAAAACUGGGCGGGGUGGCUCCAUGUGAUUGAUUAAAAUGGAAUGGUUGAGUGCAUGCGGUUCGUCAGGGCAGGUGGCGCUGGUCCAGCUGACUGCAGUCAGUCUGUCCUCCAUGGACAACCUGGAAUACAGAGCGCGGUGCCUGUGUCUGAUGGGGAAGUACCUGAGACUGCAGGCCCUGCAGGAGGAUCCCAUUUAUGUCUGUGGAAUCUGGAACAAAAACAAGCACGAAGCCUGGCCUGAAACCAUUUCUGUCAAGGACGAAAACUCGACGGAAAAAGAUAGUGAAGAGAAUGGAACACGGUCCCAGGCGUCCUCUGCCAAAAGAGCUAAGAUGAAGAGAAGGCUUCGUGCCCAGCGGUUGUUGUCACUGGCGACUGAGGCCCUCACUGAAGGUGUCAGCCUGGGUCUCCAACAUAACAUGCUGCCUUCACUGCUAGCUGAGGCUUGUAUGAAUAUCUUGGCCUGUGUUGGUCCAUCUGAUCCUGCAGUGACAGGUCAAUACCUCGCUCUCUUCCAGAGCUGCUGCACCGUGUCAACGGCAGUAAAAGUCCUCACUUCUGCCUGUGCUGACACUGCUUCAUCGCAGCUUUCAGCUCUGCUCAGCCUUCGCAGGAAUCUGCUCCUCUCUCAGAAGGAGACGGCCUGCAGCAUGCUGAAGGGAGUGGAGUUCUCCCUUAACAGCAUCUCCAAGGUAUUUACUCAGAUGUCUAUUAAUCCCAACCACCUAAAUAUCCUCUCAGAGCUCCCACCAAACCUGAAGAUUCUCCUGCUGCAGCACUCUGAGGAUGGGUCAGAACUUUAUGGUGCUUUGUAUGAAGGGAACCAGAUGUCAGAAAAUCAAAAAGGAAAGACGACAGGUGCUCUGAUGUGCUCUAAGGUGGUCAAGACAUCGGUCUGCCCACAGGCUCUACUGACACUGAGGGAACAGACCAGGGCUUUUGGUCAGGACACUAGAAACGCCCUCUCUAAGAAAAACAGUGUGGAGAAUUCUGAGAAGCAUCAGAAAACAGAUACAGAUGGGAAAUUGACAUCUCACUUCAGCAAAAUCAUACAGGACACAGAAGAGUAUCUGCAUCCACUGCUCACACAGUUUGACUUCUCCUUCCUUAGGUUUCAGGCUGCAUCACAGGCUGAACUAGAAAUAUCAAAACCAAAAGACAAAGUGGAAAAAGGAAGUUUUAAUAAAGACAAAUUGCCUGUAGACUCAGGUGAGUAUUUGGUGUUGCUGGCUGACAGGAAGUUGCUGGAUUUGCCCCUGGAAUCCUUGCUCAUCCUUCGAGGAGAGGGCGUGAUCUCUAUUUCUCGAGACUUUUCCCUUCAGCUGCUUCACAGUCGGCUGAACGGAGAGGAAUUAGAGCGAGUUGAAAGUGACAACAAGAAAGCAAGCAGAGUCGGCAAAGGAAGCAAGGGGAGGGCGGAUCAAAGCCAAAGAAUCAAAGUGACUCCUGACACACCAUCAAACACCUUCCCAGUCGACAAACAAAACCUUAAAUAUAUUAUUGAGCCUCACAACAACAGCAGUAAAUCUGAAACCAACAUGGCCCAGAGAAUUUCACAGAUGAUGGAAACUCACUGUAAAGAAUUGAACCAUUUGUGGGAGGAGUUUAAAGGAAUUAAACAAAAAAGUCUGACGGACCUGGAGCAGCUCCUGUGCAAAUGCAGUGCCUUUAUUUACCAGGGAAACGAGCAAUUUAUGGCCAAGAUUCCACCUUCCAAACUUGUGUCCCUCAGUCUUUGUGAGUGUCGACUAGCUCUGCUCUUUGAACAGGCACAGAACAAUGGCAGCGCUUUUGGCCAGUCAAACUGUGACAUGCACAAAAGGCCAGAUCAGUUGUUCCUGGAGAAACAUUCGGAGACUGCUUUGCUGUUGAGUUUAGCUGGGGUUAGCUGUGUCGUCCUCAAUCAGUGGCCAUGCAGCCUUGAAGAGAACCUGUACAACAUGGCAAUGAUCCUGGACCAUCUGCUAAGGGCAGGAUGGACCCCAGGUCAAACUCUGCACAGUUUGAGAAAAAAGAACAGGAAAGAUCCUGAAAAAUUCUUUGAUCCUUACAGAGAGGAAGAGGAAGAGGAUGAUUCCCAAAAAACGAUUACCCCUAGACCAACCUCCAACUUGGUACUCUACGGACUACCUAACCUAAUUUUUACCUGAUAUUCUAGUGUACAGGUGUCAAACUCAGGCCCGGGGGCCAAAUCUGGUCCAUGGUGUAAUUAUAUUUGGCCCACCAUUAUAUCAAAUGUGUAUUAGAGCUGGUCUGCCAUUAUAUAGCCACUAUAUACUGGCGGGAUUUGUAGUAUUAGCAAUGUAUGUACGAUAUUAUAGCAGAUACAUUUUUGGAUGUUCUUUUGUUGGCCUGUAAAAAAAGAUUUACACAUUCUCUCUGAUUAUAUAUUUGAUGUUUACACGAUUCCUUUUGCUGUGCGAAGCUUACAUUAAGAUAUAACAUAUAACACCAAUAUAUCUGCCUGCUCAGCACACAGCUGCUGCACUCAGCGCUCACGGAGAGAGCGAGGCUAAGGGCGAUGCAUCCUAUACAUGGCUUGUAUUAUUAAAAUGUCAAUGUCAAUGUUACGUACCAGAAAAUGUAGCACAAGGUACAGGAAAAACGACUGCACGCUUUGAAACGUUAUGUUUUCCAAUUCUGCAGUAUGUGUGGAAAUACAGAGCAGCCGAGGGCAACAAAAUUCAAAA